GUCAAUAGACCCGCACCCAUUAAUUUCAUUUAUACUGAACAGCCAUUAGAAGUGGUCGGAGAUCUCACCAAAACUGAAGACAUCAACACUUUGAUCGCAAAUACUAUCAAAACAUUUGGAAAAUUAGAUGUUUUGGUGAACAACGCGGGUAUGGGUGCGGCCACCAAUAUUACACAAAAAGAUGUAAUGCAAGUUUGGGAUCAGGUCUUCGCUAUAGACUUGAGAGCAGUCGUCGAACUGAUCCACGAAUCGGUUCCACAUUUGGAGAAAACUAACGGCACUAUCAUUGAUAUCUCGAGUAUUGCUGCCUUAGCGCCGUUAGGCGAAACCCUGGCCUACGGGCCCGCAAAAGCCGGUUUAGAUAUGAUUACUAGAGUACUGGCCCUCGAAUUGGGAGCCAAAGGCAUUCGUGUCAAUACUAUCAAUCCGGGUACUAUACAUACGACUGAUAUACUGGACCCCAUGUCUGCCCACAUCUAUGAAGUAUCCAAGAAAAUAGCACCACUGAGACGAUUGGGAGAACCAUUAGAUAUCGCCAAAGCCGUGGCAUUCCUGGCCUCAAGUGAUGCCUCAUUCAUAACCGGCGCUAAUCUGGUGGUCGACGGCGGAGUUGUCUAUAAUUUUGGUGUUUUAAAUACCGAUGUUUUGUAA